AUGUGUCCUCAUCCAGCACCCUCGCAAUGCGGCGAGGUACAACCUCCAAAAACGACGAAGACAUGCGCGAACGUCCCCGCGCUCCCCUUUGAAGUAUUCCUAAACGUAAUCGAUCUCCUCAUCUCCGAAGCCGAGCACCUCGCCGAACCCAUCGAACUCUGCUUCUACCUCUCCGCCAACGCGCACCCCGAGUCGCGGCUCGACGUGCAAAUCAGCGACAUGUACACGAACCCGCGGUGGACGAUCAAGGAGCGGCGGCGGCGGUACCAGCGGCUCCGCCUGGCCCUGCAGCUGUGCCGGACGACGCGCGCCAUCGUGCACCGCAAGUUCCGCCGCGUCCCCAUCUGGGACCCCUUCAAGAAGGACACCAACCACGUCCUGGUGUACCCGCGGACCGACCGCUUCACGCCGGUGCUGUGCCGGAUACCGGACGACUGCGCGCGGCUGGAGCAGGCGCUGCUGCGGCCGACGGCGGCGGACGGGGUGCUGGUGCAGUGUCUCGUGAGCAUACAGGGGAUGCCGCGGGAGUUUAUAUACGACGAGUACGCGGCGGAUGUCGAUACGUUGCUGGCGCUGCCGAGGUUGAGGGAGAUUACGCUGAAUUCGGAGGUUGUCAUUACGAGUUCGAAUCGGUACGAGUUCCCGGAUCACCCGCACCCGAGCGCUGAUAUUGUGCCGAUAAACACGUAUUUCUUUCCGACGCUGGGGAGAUGGCUGCAGGCGCAUGGUAAGGCUCUGGAGGUGUUUUGUAGACGGGCGCAGGAAAGGGGGAUCGGUGUGUUUGUUGGGAGUGGUGGGAGCGCGGAGAGGAAGAAGUUGCUGUUGGUUGCUACGGACGACGGCGUGCAAGCCAUACUCCUCAACCCUAUUUGUACGUGUGAUCUGUAA